AUGCCGUCCUUCUAUCCUCGUCAGAACAUGCCGCGGCAGUUACUGACACCUCCCGAGUUCGUUCCGAGCUACCACCAGAGCUGCGGCGGCAUGCAGUACCAGCAGCAGAACGCCUAUGCAGGCCAGCCGGCGAUCCGACAGCAGGACGAGGGCUACGACUUUGCAGACCGCUACGGCCAGCUUGCCAUGGCCAUGCCACCCAUGUAUCCCCAGGCUGGUACCUACCUCAGCACCGCGCCGCCCAGUCUACCCCCGCCCAGCUCGUUCUAUGAGUCCAACGGAGCCGCGAUUCUGCCUCCAAUGCGUGUCCAGUCAGGCCACUCCAUGGCUGAAGCUCAGCGGGCACACGAGUUUAGCCAGCGCACACAGCCACCCGUCAAGGAAGAGAAGCCUGUUGGUGGAGUGUCGGCGAAACUUGACUACGACAUGGACGUCAUGACUGAUUUCGUCUGCGAAACCGCUCUUCGCCUCAUCACCCCAGGCCGCAUGGCGCCUAUAUCUUUCCGCAAGUGGGUACACCAGGUCCUGUGCGCGACGAGACUGCCUUCCGCGACAAUUCUGUUGAGCAUGUUCUAUCUUGGCAAGAGGAUGCCUAUGCUGUACGCUGAGCCCAAGACGGACACUCACCUGUUCCGUCUCCUCACCAUCGCCCUCGUGCUCGGUAGCAAAUUCUUGGACGACAAUACCUUCAUCAACAGGUCUUGGUCUGAGGUUAGCGGCAUCCGCGUGGACGAGUUGAACCGCCUUGAGAUGGAGUGGCUGAAUGCGAUUGACUACAAGCUCCACCGCGACCCUCUUGAGCACCAAGGCUGGAAGUACUGGAACCAUGCUGCUGCUCGCGCUGGUCGAAGCAACAAGCUCAGCCCCAUCGACACUUCGAUACACCGUCGGUCCUUCAACCCCAACAAGCCGCUCCCGCCUCUGCCCAUGCAGCAGUCAUUCAACCCGCCGUCAUAUGACUACACGCCCAAGUCUGCGCAGUCUUCCCCAGACGUCGUUCAACAUCCCCAGCUAUUCUCAUACUACGGCGCUACCGGAGCUUGGGGAGCGGCCGAGGGAUACUCGCGUCGCACUAUGUUUGGAUUCCCUCCAUUGUCUCAGCCUGUUCCCCAGCCCCAGCAACACCAGCCUGGCAACUAUGGCCCGCCUGCGUACGCUCCUCAGUACAACACGUCCGUCUGGAACCAGCACAGUGUAAACUGCGGAUGUGUCUACUGUGCUCAGCGACAUGCGCCCUACUUCAUGGCUGCUGGAUAUGGACCCCAGGCUGUCGCAGUCUAG